AGUCGGCUCCACUCCGCCUCUUCCGAGCUGCCGACCGUCAGACGUCGCCAGUGCCAGCGAUGUGGAAACGCACGCGGAAGUGAACUCUCUCGUCUUGACGAUCACUCGAGCGGCGAUAACAAUUAAAAACAACGGCAAUUAAUACCGGCAACGUGGAUAUAAUUACAACUCUUGCUGUUAUUAUCGCGAUGGCAAUCGUGGGCGAGUAACACCGACAACUUAUUACCAGAGGUUUUGUUGGGCUUAAAUGUAAUGCGACCGUGUGCUGCUGCUGCUGCGUCUCUCGACAUCAUUGGCGCCGUUACAGCACAUUUAUAACCUACAAUAUAUUUUUUAAUUAUCAAAUGUUUAAUCUGAAAGCGUAGUGGACUUACGCAUCGUCAACACAGAUAUUUAUAAACGCAGGAUACACAUUAAACCACUCCCCGUGGCGUGGACUCACUGCUUGAGUGAUUUCCCCGUGGCUCCAGUGACUUCAAUAUUUUAUCUUCACAUCAGCGGCGAGAGAGGCGGUCGUGUGGUGGUGAAGGUCGACGACAUCUGAGACGCCGGUUGUGGUGACAGGUGGUGGUUCUAGACGUCUGUGAACAAAACGCUUCAUAGCUCAUCGGAUUCCUGCAGUAUAAAUACAGACUGUGUAAGGCUAGACCCUCUCAAGGUGGCCGUUGUGGGUUUGUGGCUUCGGGCUGGUGAGGGCUCGAGGGAUGUCACUGGGGGUGUUUUUCGGCUGCACGUUCAUCGCCUUCGGGCCGGCGCUGGCGCUUUUCGUGCUGACGGUGGCCGCCGACCCGGUCCGGGUCAUCAUCCUCAUCGCCGGGUCUUUCUUUUGGCUGGUGUCGCUGCUGGUGUCCUCUCUGGUGUGGUUCGUGGUCUCCGUGGUGACAGACCGCACCAAUGUUCAGCUGCAGCAGGAACUGCUCACACUCGGAGUCUUCCUCUCCGUGUGCCUCCAGGAGCUCUCGCGCUUUGGCUACUACUGCCUGCUCAGCCGUGCUGAGCGGGGAUUGGCAUCGAUUAACAUGGAUGGGCAGCCUCCUAUCACCACCCACCAGAUGGCCUACGCCGCUGGGCUGGGCUAUGGCCUCGUGAGCGGGGCCUUCUCAGUGGUGAACACGCUAGCGCAGGCCGCGGGGCCCGGCACGGUCGGCAUCCACGGUGACUCGCAGUACUACUUCCUGUCGUCCGCCUUCAUGACUAUGGCGCUGGUGCUGCUCCACACCUUCUGGGGAGUGGUCUUCUUCCACGGCUGCGAGAAGCGGCGCUGGGUGGCGGUGUCGCUUGUCGUGGGCUCUCACUUCCUCGUCUCUGGGCUGACCCUGCUGAGCCCGCUGAUGACGUGCGGCCUGCCCGUGGCCUACAUCGUCCUGCUGGUCAUGGCCGUGUGGGCGUUCUACGCGAGCGGAGGGUCCCUCCACAGCCUCAAGCGUUGUCUCACCUGCAAGCAGCAGUGGGAGCGGGUGCCCUUGCUGUAUGGCGACCCGCAGGACGACAGGGUCGACUAGCAGUGGCGCUGCUGCUACUGCGGCGUCUCCGUCGAGGGAACCCGUACCGGGAAAUUCUUUUUUGGAGCGCUUUGUACCACAAUGCACCUGCACAUUCAUGCGUUCGUGUGUGUGGAUGUGUGUAAUUAUCAGGCUAAUGCCCAUUUGUAGGCUGGUGCCAUGCACACCUUGUGCCGCACAGGGGGGCCCAUACUGCAAAAGGGCAUUGGACUGGUCGGAAUGAGAUGCGUGAUUGAUAAGGCUUCUUUCUUGGCUGUACAUGAAAAUGCUAUGUGGGAAGUCAAUAGUGGCUGUUCAAAGAUAACCACUCUGAAAAUAUCUUGUUUGAGCACAAACGCACUUUGACUUUUAUGAUAGCUGUUUUGAAGUAACAUUCAAAUCCAGAGAAAUUAUGCUAAUUCUGUGGUAGAGUCUGCGCCGACAUUUCUGAGCUAUCCUGAGUAUGAAUCCAGGAGUCUCCCACCAUGGGAUUAACUUAAGUUAUCAAGUGUAGAUAAUUGAUGUUUUCAUCCCGAUUAUCAUUGGCUUUCUAAAAAUAUGACGUGUUGAAUAGUUUUUCACUUAAAUUGUCUUAUUCCAACCCUGAAAAUGUAAAGUAUUGGUUUACUUGUCAUGCCAGGAACACUUUUUGCAGGUCAUAUAAAAGGUGCGCUUGUCAUGAUUAAUGAGACUCGAAGUGCUUUCAGAAGUAAAUUUUGUACAUCAUCUUCUGGGACUGUUCUCUGACACUGUCUGGUGCACUGCUCGCUGAAAACCGUCCGAAUGGAAAUGUCUUCUUCCUGUGACAUGACACUAAAACAUAAUUGGGUAUCUAAAGGCAGAAUAGAACAGCACAACUCCAAAGCAUCUCUCUCCAUAGGCGAGUGGGAAGGUGGCUCUUACUUUGUUCCCUAACCCUGUCAGGCUUGGGCCCAUGAGGCUGAGCUCAAGGUCAGGAGCCCCAUGGUGACAUGCGAUCUGCCCACCCGAGCACUAUCCAGGCUCGCCCCUACUUGGCUCUGCAAUCUGACUAGAUCAGCCGCAUUCCGAGUGAUUUUGAUCACAGGCGCAGGUUAUGUUCGGCUAUUUACAAUUAAGUAUCUUGCCGUUUUUACCCGGUAUUUGUAUGUAUGUUGAACUUAUUUCACACCGUACGUUGUCAACCGUGCUAAUCUCAUUUACAGGUGGAUUUUUAACACAAACACCGCCGCCUGAAAUUUAAACUUGGCAAGUGACGUCACGGCGCACAUUUGAUUUCUGUCUUCGCUGACGUUGCGCACAACAAACGAGUCGAGGCGCGUGUCGGUGACACGGUGACACCGAGUUGAACAGACGGAGGUCACACGCGACGAACGAGUCAGUAGUUCCACCCCUGACCGUACGUGGCUAGGAGCCGGAUCCAGAUGUCUUGCGAGGCCAGCGUAUCGUGGUUUAGUUCCGGCAAAUAAGAGGAAAGCCAACUGGACCGUUAGGACCCCUGCGUUGGCAUGAUUCGGCUCGGAUGUACCGGUGGAAAAGGGGUUGAAAGAGGCCACGGGUUGAAUUGCCGCUUGGUAAGUAAAGAAAAACACUCUGGGUUCAAGUCCCAAAGCACAGCCGGAAUGUUUUGCAUUACGGGACCACAGUGCCUAUGUACUUGUUGCAACAUUUCAGUUGUGAUACAAACUUUUUGUCAUGGCCGUGAGGGUACGCAUGGCAGAUGGAUCGGUGCCAGCACUAGGAUGGUAUUCAAAUGAAGUGCGCGGAGCUCUUUUGAAUGAUUGUUUUAAACGAGAUGACCACGAUGAUCAUGAUGUGCGUAUAGCGGGUGUCGGGUUGGUAUAUUUUUUGAGCAAACCUUUUUAAGAAACGUGUGGCAGUGUUUUGAGUUAUAGAGACGCGGUCGUGGAUUUAAUGUCCUGUUAAAACCAGAACACUGAAAACGUGACUUUUGUAGACGAGAUCUUUUUUUAUGGGACAAAGUUUGGACGAAUGUUUGCCUUUUCUGCUACAAGUUCAAGUUGAUUUUGCCUAAUCGAGUGAGAACUUUAAAGAGACCAAAAUAGUCUCAUGUGCAAGAGUGACCUGGGGCAUGUCUAGCAGUAGGGGGUGAUGAUUGUUACGUAUAAUCCCGAUUGAGUCAUUUGUGGUGUCAUUUUUGAACUUGGGAAAUUUGAACGCGAGGCGGACGGCACAGUAUUAUAUUACAACUGCUGUGAUUGGGGAAUGUUCUAGUACAUUGUAGUGCAAUUGUGCAUAUUCAUACAAUUUGUGAAGAAGACCAAAUGAUUUAGAAUAUAUGGUAUUCCACAAACUGAAAUAUAGGGUGAUUUGUUGAAUUGGUAGUAAUUCCAUACUUCUGUGUGUAAAAGUGGUGUUUAUAAUGGACUAUGCAUUGCAUUUGGCCAUAGCAAUGCAAUGGAUUACAGGUAUACACUAACACAAGUGAGUUGUUAUUGAUUCAUUAACCAAUUCUUUUUCAAAGUAUAAUUGAAUUAAAGUAUCAUUUAAUUAUAAGACAACGGGGUGAUGUUUCAUUGCCAUAUUUUUUGUUGUAUACAGGACGCAUACACAAGAUGUGUUGGUAAAUAAACUGAUGGCUCAUUUGA